AUGCAUGUAUUUUUAGGUGGUAUGCAGUCAAUUUCAUUUCAACAACCACCGACAAUAACAACCGAAACAACAAUCAUGAAUAAUAAUAAUUCACAAUUUGUUAGCUUACAUUCAUCAUUACAAUUACAAAAAUUCGAUAUCUCUUCUUCUUCACAACAAUUUUAUGAAUCUGAUGAUAAUGAAUUAUUAAUUGCAUUGGAUCGUUUAAUUUUAUACUUGAGAAUUGUACAUUCUGUAGAUUUCUAUGCACCAGCUUACUAUAUGAAUGAAGAUUUAAUGCCACAUCCAUGCCGUCUUAUACAUAUUCGACCUAGUUUAAAUGAAAUUACUAAAGCUCUUAUACAAGUUAAAAAUUCUGAGAAAUUAAUCAAUACGGAAUCAGUUGAUCAGUUAUUUGCCAGUCAAAUAAAACGUUUAGUACGCCUUAUUACUCCACUUACAGAAAAUGAUUGUAAAGGAUUGGGUUAUAGAAAUGCAGAUGAUGUUGUUGAAGAAUUCAUAAAAUUGAAUACACGUCGAAAAAAACGAAAAACCGAUGUGAUAUGGGUCUGUCCGUUAUCGAAUAAAAAGUUUCGAGAUCCAAUCUAUGUUAAGAAACAUAUUCUCAAUAAACAUAUGGAAAAAGUUGAGGCUGCCAAAAAAGAUAAUGCCUACUUUUUCAAUAACUAUCUAUUGGAUCCUGCUCGACCUCAAUUGCCUCCUGAGCCAAGAUCGCCUAGAAGGCGAUCACGGUCACCUUUACCAUCUCAUGGAACGGCUAGAGAAUCAAGUCAUCAAGCUAAUGAAACCAGUGAACGAGAACGUUCUAAUUCUUGGGCACAAGGAUCAAAUAAUUUUCAAUCACAAAGAUGGCAACAAUAUGGUCGUAAUCGUAAUGAAAGUGGGAAUUUUGGAAGCAAUUAUGGACGAGAUAAUAUGCACAAUAAUUUACCAUUCUACCCUCGACCAUAUGGUCGUCAACAGUAUUCGAAUUUUCGAAUCCCAUAUGGUGGUAGUAAUCAACGUAAUUAUUAUAAUGGUCCAAGAACUGGUGGAUAUAAUAACUUUAAUCGACGUGGUUAUCCAAGACGCUCCUACAUUGAUUUGGAUGCCCCCUGAAUGGAUGUCUCAUUUUGUUUGUAUGCAUUGGAUAAUGAAUAACAAAUCUUGUUGUUUCCAACACACAUAAAUAAUUUCUAUGUAUUUUGUACAUAAUAAUUCAUAUUAAAAAAAACAACUACAUCCAACAUCCAUUUUUUGUACUCAUAUAACUACAUGACUAUCAUUGUUCGUAAAAUAAAUAGAAUUGAAAAACUG